AUGUCGCAAGAAUCUGAUACAAUCCCAGCGCCAGACACUGGUCCUCUCUUGGAGGCAUUUGAAAAUUUAGCGAGAAAAUGUGAUGAGCUGCCGCAGCAGCAUCGCCUCGUUCAACAGAACGAGCCAGUUUAUACAGCCGCUCAGCUGGCGGCCCGAAAAGCUCUCCUCACCAUGACUGGAACAACCAUGCUUCCUUUACUUCGGCAGCAGUUCAUCGAUUUACAGGAAUCUCUUGACCUAGCGGCCUCAGACACCCCAAGUCCGAACCUCGAUUUAACCCAACAACACGUAAAAAAAAUCGGUGAAACCUUAGAUGAGAUUUUUCUCGUCGCCAAUACACUUGCUCCGUCUAUUACCUCUCUUGGCAGAUAUUCCAGCCGCAAUGAUCACAACUACGGUGUUGCUAAACAAUUUAAAUGUGAUAACAACUUGCAGCAACUGCGAGACCUAGCCUCCGCCCUCGGAGUCCUCAUUAGGAAUGCGUAUGUUGUCUAUAUCCGGGACGGGCAUUUCUUACUCCCUAAUACCGCCUUCCCCGAUGAAUCCCGCGAAAACAACUCUAGAAAAGUGUUAAUCGCAGAUUCAGAACUCAUGUUGGAAAUCUUCGAGGUGGUAAUAGCAUGGUCUCAAGAAUCGAGCUCUAGUGCGGUCCAAAAGGAAUUGCAGGGCUAUGAUCAAACUUUUGGAACAAUUCUCAAAGAAUUAAACGAGCAUAUCAAUGCCGCGAUUCGGUCUCAGGAAGAACAAAGCGCCAAUGCGGGCGCACGCCUUGCGGCUGCACCGGAUAACAAUCAAGCCGAGCGCAACAACAAUCAACGUGGGCGCGAAGCCAAUCAAGCUGGACUCCAGGACAACCAAGACGAAGACGCGGACCUUUCCGACGACGCGGAAGAAGGGGCUCUGGCUGGGGCUCCUCCACCCCCCGAAGAAUUUCUCUUAAGACCAAGAGUAGUCGAGCUUAUGCGACUCAUUCUGCCGCUUUUGAAAUUAUGCAGAUCGUUCUUCCGCAGAGUAUGCAGGCAACCAAGUUCAAACCCACGCUUCACAAUUGGCGAAGACAUGUGUUCCUAUGACCUUGACUGGCUUAUACGUCAAUCUUUGCUAGUUUCAGAGAGACUUGAAAGCAUUUGCAAGAACUUAUAUCUUAUCUACAGUGAAGAAGACAUUGGCGACGGAUACCUCAUAAUAAACGAUUUGGCCAACCAAGUUCGGGGCGCUUUAGAUGCUUUUAUAGUCUCAAUUAUCAGAUCACAAAUCCGCCUGGCCAUGGAGAACUUCUUAGAUGCCCUUUCGGAAUUUGAAAGGGAUGCGCCGUAG